UUUUUUUUUUUCUUAUGAAAUGAGUCUGCAAAACAUUGUAAUAAUAAAAAUGUUGAAAUAAGUUACAGAUAAAACUAAGUCUUUUAUUUUUAUUAUUAAAUCAAAAGGAUAAUAUUAUCACAUUAAUUGUAAAGCAUGUUCCUGAUUUCAUUACAAAUUCAAAUGAUUUAAGAAAUAAGUAUUUUAGUCCGUAUAAGCCUCUUGAUAUACGAUUUAUGGAAAGUCAAGCAAUGCCAGGUUUUGUAUUUUUGGAUUUUCCUGAUAGGAAAGCAGCUGAAGAAGCAUAUAAUGAAUUAAAAAAAAUCAACUUUGGUUUGUAUUUUAAGCAAGUUUUUGUAGAAUAUGCGAAACCGAAUCCAAAUAGACAAGAAAGUAUCAUGCAUACAUUAACUGCAGAAGAAUUAGGGACGACUGCUAAUCCAAUAUCGGAAUCUCAAGGUAUUUUAUAUCCGCCUAACCCACAUUUAAAGUACUAUUAUCCUGAUCCAACGCCUGCUAUUUUAACAAAUAUGAUGUAUGCUAUCGGUUCUGUACCUAGACUAUAUACUCAAGUACUCCACUUGAUGAAUAAACUUAAUAUGCCUCCUCCAUUUGGCUUUGCAGAGAAAGAAGCAAAGCCUUCGAUACUAAAACGAAAGCACGACGAUUUAUUAUCAAGUGAUGAAUCAGAAAUAGAAGAUGAUACCCAAUCAGAAGAAAUUUCAGUUAAAUUACAAGAAGAAAAGGUAAAGCAAGCUCGACUCGCUCGAAUAGCAGCUGAAAAACAAAAGUUAGCGAUUAAAAGUGCAAAUAGUCAACAAACACAGUCACAUCAACAUCAACAUUUAAAGCAAAAGUUAAAAAUUGUAGUUAAUAAUACGCGAUUAAAUGAAGAACAAAAGGCAAUUCGAGAUAAAUGUAAACCUUUGUCAGAACUCAUACAUCUUUCAGCUUUCAAAAACUAUGAAGCAGGUGAACCUAGUUCAAAACUAUAUAUCAAAAAUCUAAGUAAAAAAACAACUCAAGAAGAUUUAAUUCAACUCUUUUCUAAAUUUUCAAAGGACAUUGUAGUUGAUUUAAAGUCAAAAGGUAGAUUAAGAGAUCAGGCCUUUAUUAGUUUUCAGGAUCCAGAUGCAGCUACUUUGGCACUAGAAUGCACAAAUGGUUAUGUCUUAUUGGAUCGGCCUAUAGCUGUGCUUUAUAGCCGGGGAUCAAAGCAGAAAGAAGAACGGCCAUAGUAGCUGCACGGAGUUAAAGAAGACCCUUUUUUCUUUUUAAAAAAAA